CUGGAUAGACGAAAGUAUUGUCAAAAUCAGAGAUGCAUCAGACAGGGUUUGCGAGGUUUUUAUAGGAUUUUUUAUGACUUCAUCUGAAUAUUUCGUCAGUACUGACACGGUUUCAUAACAGAGCCUUAUCUAGCAUAUGGUUUGCUACUCCGGAACACUUGCUUCUCCCUAAUUCAUAUUUUUAUUGCAUUGUCUAAGUAUUCGAACCUGACACCAAAGGGAUCACCUACUUACCAAACGAUCAAGCACUGCAAUAAUAUUUAAAAAGCCAUUGCUAAUGCUCUGCUAAUUUCAAAACUAUUCUACCAAAAAACAUCAUUAAAAGCAUUGAUGGUCAGCCUAUCAUUGUGAAUUAACGACUUGAUAUCAAAUUUUUGUCAGACGAUGCGAUGCGAUCAUUAAAUUCAAAGAAUAUUUGAGGAAUAAAAAAAAUCAAGUUUUUGACUGCUCGCAAUUCUGAAAUUCCAAAAACAAAUAAAGAAAAAACAAGCUGUUAGAAUACUCUAAUGCAGUGCUUAUCAGACCUUCUUGUACGAUGCUCCAUAGUAUUGAAAAUAUUAAGGGUUUAUAAAGCAGAAACUAUAUUUUAUGAGCUUACAAAGCUAUUCACACUAUCAAAGCUAUUAAUGUGUCUUGCGACAUAUUUCGGGUACCACUGAUUCAACAGCUACAAAAAUGCAUAACCUACCUCAAACGUUCUUUAUUAGCAUUCAUUAAGGUCAUGGAAAUCGAAAUUCUUCUUCAUCUUAAAAGCAGAUGUCUCAAAGAUUCUCGUGACACACAGAUUCAAAAACACUGAUAUGCAUCGUCAUUCUCAAUUCAUUUUUGGAGUCAAAGACAUGGAAAAAUAUGCGCAAAAUAAUAUGCAAACAAAAUACCUCAAGAACCUCAUUAUUGCAUUAAGAGAUCAUAAACGUUGGACACUGAAGAUCUCAUUCUGUUACAGUCAGUUCAAUCGAUCGGAUGUUGAUAUUGGAUUUGGAAUUUAGUGAUGGGAAAUUUGUUGAAAUUUUUAGUGAUUCUUACAAUUGCAUGUCAAGUUCAUGGAAUUUUCUUACGAGGAAGUUUGAUUAAUGAACUGGCAAAGCAUGUGAAUGUACUGAGUGACAUAAUAAGUUUUAACUUCCGCCUGUUGCAAGAAAAUGUAGAACCACCACGAUAUUUGAGGAAAUACGAUUUCAUAAUUGUUGGGUCGGGUCCAGGUGGAUGUGCUCUUGCAAAUCGUUUGACAGAAAAUAAAAAUUGGAAUGUUUUGAUGAUCGAAGCUGGUCAUGUUGAGACUUUGUUGCAAAAUAUUCCACUUUUUGCUGCAAUUAAUCAGAGAUCUGAGUAUGAUUGGGCUUUUAGACCGGAGCCACAGACUCAUGCUUGUCAAGGAAUGAAUGACAAUCAAUGCUUUUUCCCGAGAGGAAAGGGAGUUGGUGGAUCUUCAAUUAUUAAUUAUAUGAUUUAUAACAGAGGUCACUACAACGACUUCGAUAGAUGGGAAGAAGCUGGAAAUCCAGGAUGGUCUUUUGAUAACAUCGAACAAUAUUUCAAAAAGGCAGAAGCAAAGACUCUCGGCGAUCUAAAGAAACUUCUCAAACAAGUCAAUGUAGAGUAUAAUCCUUUCAAAACAAAAAUAGCCCACACAUUUCUUGAUGGACAUAAGGAAUUAGGAUUUGAUGAAAUUCAAUAUAAUCUGCAUUCACGACCAGGAGUUUCAUAUUUGCAAGCUAGUACAUUGAAUGGAUAUCGACAUACUGCAUUUAGAGCUUAUAUUAAAGAUAUUUUAAACAGGCCAAACUUCCACAUUAUGAUUAAUACUCAAGUGACAAAAAUUCUUAUUAAUCCACAAACCAAAACAGCUUAUGGCGUAGAAUUUCAGAGAUUUGGACGAAGACAAAAGAUGCUUGCUAGAAAAGAAGUGAUUUUGUCAGCUGGAACGUUCAAUUCAGCAAAGUUAUUAAUACUUUCAGGUGUUGGCAACAGACAAGAUCUAAAAAAGCUAGGAAUUCCGUUAAUUCAAGAGCUUCAAGUCGGCAAACAAAUUCGUGAUCAUUACGCAUAUUACGGAAUUACUUUUGUUUUCAAUUCUACUGGAAAUUCCGUAUCACUUUUAACGACAUUAAGACCUGAAAAUUUACAAUCUUAUGUUGAAGGUCAAGGAAAAAUAUCGCUGCCUGGAAGUGGAGAAGCUUUAAGCUUUAUUCAAACUAGUGUUAAUGAGAGAGGCGGUAAUGUUCCUGAUUCUGAAUUCUUUCAACUCUCUGGUGGACUUUACACAGAUUUUGGAAUUGCUGCAGCUGCUCUUAAUUUAAAACAAGAAAUUUAUGAUAAAGUUUAUAAGCCACUUGAAGCUUCUUUGUACGAUUCAAUGACAUUAUUAGUGAUUACAUUUCAUCCAAAAUCUAUUGGACAUAUCAAAUUAAAGGAUAGAAAUCCACUAAGUUACCCAAUAAUUUAUCCAAAUAUUUUGUCACAUCCGGAUGAUGUUCAGACAAUCUUUGAGUCCAUAAAAUUCGCACAUACAUUACUGGAAACGGAAGCAUUUCGAAAGCUUGGCGGUAGAGUCCAUCCAAUCCCCUUGCCUGGAUGUGAUCAUCUGCAUUUUGGUAGCGAUGCUUAUUGGCGCUGUACGAUUCAUUCAUUAACAUCAACAAUUCAUCAUCAAUCAACAUCUUGUAAAAUGGGAAAAAGAACUGACAAAUUUGCUGUCGUAAAUCAUGAACUUAAGGUUUAUGGGAUUAAAAGGUUAAGAGUUGUUGAUACGAGUAUCAUUCCUGAGCCAACAUCAGGACAUACUAAUGCUGUUAGCUUUAUGAUAGGUGAGAAAGCUGCUGACAUGAUAAAGGAUAAGUGGAGUAAGAAGUAGAGGUAUUUAUUUCUUUGUAUUAAGUCGAAAUAAGGAACAUUUAAUAAAAUUUACGUUUAGGAUCUCACAAAUGAACUUUAACUUUAUUCGAACUCAGUUUAAAUCGUGGAAUCAAUUUACUUUCUAAAUCAUCAUUAUCAAGUUGAAGUUGCAGACUCGUUUAGACAGCCAGAAAAUUGAUAAUUUUUAAAAUUCAUUCCUCAUCGAAGCUUUAUGGCAGUGUUGAAUUCUGGCGAUUUGUCUGGAUCAGAUAAAUUCUGAGACAGAAAUUUCUUCAUUAAGAUCGAUUCUAUGUGAAGAUAGAAAAUCUAAUCUACACAAAGAUUAUUUCUAAAUAAAGAUUCUGUCUACAUAAAGAUUCGAUGUAGAUGUCUACAAUUCUACAUUCUUCUCUGAUGUAGACCUAGAAAAAAUGUAGAAUUGUAGACAUCUACAUCGAAUCUUUAUGUAGACAGAAUCUUUAUGUAGAAAUAAUCUUUGUGUAGAUUAGAUUUUCUAUCUUCAUGUAGAAUCGAUCUUUAUGAAGAAAGUUUCUUAGCUAGACGAAAACUAUUGAAGAAUCUACAUUCUUCAUCUAGUGUAGACAUCUACAUUUGCAACACUGCUUUAUGGUUUGAGUCAUUGAUCGACAACAAUCUAUUGAUAGACUCAGCGUUUAGCGACCCGACAUCAA